AUGUGGGAUCUAUGCGUGAAGCUUGAUCAUGUAAUACCAUUCAAAUUAAGGAGAGUGCUCGGUGUGAUCUUCGGCGUCUGCGAAAUGAUUUUCUUUGGUGGUAUAUUUUAUGGCAUGAACGCGCUGUUCCCAGUUCUCUCAAAAGAGCUCAUAUUUGCGGAUGUUUGUCCUGACAGCACUGAUCCAAAAGGUUGCCCAGAACAAAUCAAUAUAUAUGCUAACGCGUUAACUACCUACUCAGUAACCAUGAUGGUCAUGCUUGUCGUUGUGGGUGUCCUAAUAGAUUAUAUCGGUCUUCGAUUAGUUAAACUAAUAUGUACUCUCAUCUACUUUAUUGGAAUGUUGAUAUUCGCCUUUGUCACGCCUUCUACUUCCUUCAUGAUUUUUAUUGGAGGCACUUUAGCGGCUGUCGGUGGAAUGGGAAUGUUUGUCUGUAAUAUUUCGAUUAAUCAGCUCUUCAAUAAAACAGCUGUAGUUGUUCUUGCAUUCAUAACUGGCUCAUACGAUGCAUCGUCAACAAUGUUUGCUAUUGUUCAACUCACUUACAACGCUGGACUCUCAUUUAAAACAUCUUUCCUUAUUCUCGCCUUCUGCGGCCUAGCUAUGGGUCUAUUUAGUUCAUGUUUCAUUCUCUCCUACUGGCUUCCUCAAAUGGCCAAAUAUAAGAAUGGGGACUAUGACGAUGCAGACGAAUUUGAAGAAGAACUUUCCAACUCAAUUAAUUUUAAGACAUUUGAGCCACAAGAGGAUAUAUACGAGGACGUAAAGAUUGGAAUUGUGGAUGAGGGAAAUUCGGAUGUCGAUGCUGCUGCAGAUGCUAUUCUAACAGAACUCUUUCCAACCAGAGCCAAGUCUCUCAAAUCCGUUCCCUUCAUUGUCGCUACUGCCUACUUUUGCUUCGCUCUUCUCAGAUUCACAUUCUUUCUGGCAGAACUUACUCCAGCUGCAAAUGAUCACUUCACUGACAAUGCUACAGUGGAUCGAAUCGGUAGUAUACUCUCUUACUGUCUUGCUGGAGGUAUCAUAGCUGGUUUACUUUGUGGUACAGUGAUAGAUAAACUUCGAGCCGUUUUCAAACCCAAAAUUGAACGUCUUGUAAGCCUCGAACCUUCCGAUGAGCGAAAUAAGGCCGUCCUUUGGCUGAAAUUACGUCCCAUGGCUUUCUCAAUGUAUAUAAUGGCAACUUUUUCAUUGAUAGUCAGCUGUCUAGUCUUUGUUCCUAAGGAGGCUGUUUACUAUGUGAAUUUUGUAUUUCUUGUACUCAUGCGGGGUUUCUUGUUCAGUUCCUUCUCCUCGUCCCUCAUAGCUGCCUUCCCAAUUAAUCAAUUUGGAACGCUGUAUGGCAUUGGUGGAGCUAUAGCUGGCGCAUUCUCCUGUCUUCAAUAUGCCCUCCUCAUUCCAAAACCUAUGAUUGGGAAUAUCACUGGUCUCGUUUUGGCAUGCUUGUUGUUCAUUCCACCAACCAUUAUCCUCAUCAAGUCGUUAAGUGCUAUGAAGCAUGUUCGUUGA